UCGUCGGUUGUGGACGUCUCUCUCUCGCCUGUGUAUCAGUGACAAAUUUCCACCGUUCUCUCUGGGACGCUUGUCCUCGUCUAUUGCCCGCCGGGCACUCUACAGGAGGGGCACCUGUACACUGGCUUACUGUAGCCAGCUCCAUCUUUUUCCGCUCUGCGGAAAAUUCUUUAACGGUCUUUGGUGGGAAGCCGGUUACUGAACUCAGGUGGUAGUGCAGGCGUCCCUUUCUGUUGGGGCUUAGCAAGGGCGUCCCUUUCUGUUGGGGCUUAGCAAGGGCGUCCCUUUCUGUUGGGGCUUAGCAAGGGCGUCCGCCGGAUCUAAUUGGAAACUUCAAGUUUCUAUCUCAAAGGAACUUUUGUUCCUUUUCUCUCAUCGCCCAGCCUUGAGCAACAAAUUUUCCUCGUACCAUCGAGAAACCGGGCUCGAUACGGCUUGUGCUGUCAGUGGCCCUGAUAAACCCAACAAAGAAAGAAAGAAGAAAGAAAAAGAAAGAAAAGAGGUACUGGGACUUUUAAACCGGUUGAGGGAAAGUAGCAUAACAAUAAAGUACAUUAUAAAUAUGUGUGUGUUAUUGGCGAACUUGCAAGUAGUUACACAUGUUAUUGCACCAGAGGUACCCAUGUGACCCACAUAUUGUGAACUUUGGUAUUAAUGACCAGGUGAUGACAUACGGAAGUCGAGUUAUUCCAUUACUUGGUACAGUUGUUGCUUGCAGCUUAGUAUAAUGGCUAGUCGUAUGCUGAUACGCCUAGGCCUUCUAGGAGUUGGAGGAGCUUCAAUAACCUACAAUGUUGACGAGUUAAAAAUAGCAGCAGUUGGGGCACAGAGAUUUGGUCGAGCCGUGGUUACAGUAACAAAAAUUGUUGUUGAUUAUCGAAAGUCCCUAUAUUCGGGUUCAGUUACGCCAGCAUCGGAUAACUAUGCUGAGGUCAAGUCACAGACUCAUUUGCGCUCUGCCAAACACUUGCUAGAUCUGUGUUGUUUAAAUGGUGGUGCCUUUGUUAAGUGUGAAUAUUGGAAUUAUGUGCAGGUUGGUCAGCAUCUGGGCUCCCUGGAGUACUUGCUACCUGUGGAGUAUGUUAAUACCAUGAAGGUCCUGCACUCCAGUGCUCCAAAAUCUCCUCUUGAAGAUGUCUACAAGGUUAUCGAAAAGGAACUCAAAUGUAAGCCUGAAGAAUUAUUUGUGGAAUUUGAGCCAGAGCCUCUAGGUGCAGCCUCUCUGGCACAAGUGCACCGUGCCAAGCUUCACAAUGGGCAAGAGGUGGCUGUUAAGGUGCAACACCCAAGUGUUAAGUCUCACUCCAAGGUUGAUAUGAAGGGCAUGGAGUUACUUGUGGGCAUAGUGUCACGUAUCUUCCCCGAGUUCAGAUUUGAGUGGCUAGUUGAGGAGAUGAAAAAAAACCUUCCAAAGGAGCUAAAUUUCACUAAUGAAGCACAAAAUGCUGAAAAAGUUGCUUCACAGUUUACACAUCUUCCCUGGCUGAAGAUCCCUGCCAUUGACUGGAGCCUCACAACUGACAGAGUUCUGGUGAUGGAGUUUUGUGAAGGAGGUCAAGUCAAUGACCGCAACUAUAUGAUUACUCAAGGCAUAAAUACGAACGAGGUUUCUGAAAAGAUUGGUAAAUUGUAUUCGGAAAUGAUAUUUGUUAAUGGUUAUGUUCAUUGUGACCCACACCCAGGCAAUGUACUUGUUAAGAAAGUUAACAAUGAAGCCCAGAUUAUUCUUCUGGAUCACGGCCUCUAUACAAACCUGACGAGUGACUUCCGGGUCACAUACAGCAAAUUCUGGCUAAGCAUCCUCAAUGCAAAUCUCAAUGAAAUUCGACAGUAUGGAACAGAAUUGGGUGUUGGGGAACUGUAUGGGUUGUUUGCAUGCAUGGUCACUGGACGCUCCUGGAAUUCCAUUGCAAAGGGUAUUGACAAAAUGGAAAGAUCAUCAACAGAGCAAAAUGAGAUCAAAGCUAGUGCUGCAAGCUACCUACCACAGAUUUCUGCUGUGUUGAAUCGUGUUCCUCGUCAGAUGCUUCUUAUCUUCAAGACCAAUGAUUUACUUAGGGGCAUUGAGUUUUCUCUCAACACACAGGAAAGUAUGAAGUCAUUUAUCACAAUGUCACGAUGUUGCAUACGGUCGCUGUUUGCUCACCAGCGCACACUUUGUAAGUCUACUCUUUGCACUGUGAGAGUGAGCAUUGCAGAGACCUGGGCACAGUUUAAGAUCUCUCUCUACACCCUUUAUCUACUAUAUCUUCACUCAAACCUAGACUGCUUGGCACUCGAGAGAAAGGACUCAGGUUGGUUUCAAGUGGUACAGCUGAUGGUCCUAAAUCUCUGCUUCUGUAUCUUCAGCAAACAUAGGCCUUAUCAAGAAAAACUGUUGAACAGUCCAAGAGAAGGAUGAUUAGUACCAUGCCUUUACAAUGAAUUGAUGUAUGAGAUGAUAGGAAGGUAUAUUUUACUUUCAUAUACUAUCUGUUUUUCAAAAUACAAAGUACAAGAUAGAAGAUUAUGACUACUGAAUUUGUGUAGAUAUAGAAAGUGGUCCAAUAUAUAAAAAAAAUGUUGAAAAGGUACAUAAACUGUAUACUCAUAAGUAUAUUAAUUAUAAAACAAUGUUACAACCCAUACAGAUCCUGUAUAAUGUUGUACAAAGUACUGAAUUAGUGUGGAAUUAUAUUUUUGGAUGAGUGGCACUGCACAAGUUCAAAUUCAAAUUCAUUUAUUUCUUUGCAAGUAGUACACUGAGUAAAUCAAAUAAAUCAUUCUGUAAAUCAAAAAAACUACAGUAGCACAGUAACACUAUUCCACACUAUUCCUCAAAUCCAUUAACACAAAGCACAAAUAUGAAAAACAGUAUAGAAUGGGUCAAAUAACUACAGAACAGUUUAAACGUUACUCGUCAGCUCUUACCAGCCUGAUAAGAUCUUAAAAAUUGUACUAUGAAAAUAGAUUACAUAACAUCAAAGGUGAUAUGAAAAAAAACCUGGAAAACUCUAUCUGAAAUUCUUGGAACUAAAAAGUUAUCCAAAAGCAAAACAAUGAAACUAACAAAAUCAGACGAACCCCUACUCACACCAACUGAAACAGCAAACAGACUCAAUGUUUUCUUCUCCACCAUAGGAAAAAAUCUAGCGAACAAAAUACCAAGCUCAAACACACAUCCAUCAGACUACAUCAUAGGUACCUACCCAAAUAUGCUAUUCCUAGCUCCAACCAACCCACUAGAAGUCUUGCUCAUAAUCAACACCCUUAAAAACAAGGCAGGUGACAUAAACAACUUGCCUGCUUUUAUGUACAAAAAAGCUUCUCAAGUAUUGUCACCAAUUAUUGCAACACUCUUUAACAAAUCCCUUGAAUCAUCUACCUUCCCAACAAUCCUCAAAAUAGUGAGGGUCACUCCAAUCCAUAAAGGAGGUGACCAAGCUGACUUGAAUAACUAUAGACCAAUAUCUAACUUACCACUGCUCUCUAAAAUCUUUGAAAAAUUAAUUCAUAGACGGAUCUAUUCCUACCUCGUCUCACACAACAUAUUAAACCCUUGUCAGUUUGGAUUCAGGAAAAGUCCCGCUGGGCAUUUUCAUUGAUUUACUUAAGGGUAAGUUUAUUAGUCAUCAUCCAGGCAGAUAUUUUCUGGAAUUUGGCACUGACAGUGUUUGCUAGUAUGACUGGGUUUGGGUGGGAGAAGACAUAUGUAGUGUCAUCUGCAAAUAAUAUGGGUUUGAGUAGCUGUGAUGCAUUCAGUAGAUCAUUGAUGUGGAUGAGAAAGAGGAGUGGUCCAAGGGCACUUCCUUGUGGGACUCCUACUGUGAUUGGUUGGGUGGAAGAGUUUGCAUCAUUUGCAUACACAUAUUUGAGUUCUGUUACUAAGGUAUGAUUUUAGGUAGUUGAGGGAGUGGCCUCUGAUACUAUAGUGCGUUAAUUUGGAGUACAGCAGUUCAUGGUCGACUGUAUCGAAGCUUUACGUAAAUCAAUGAAAAUGCCAAGUGGGACUUCUUUCUUUUCAAGUGCGGUAUAUCUUAGUUCUAGCAUGUGUAUAUAUUAGUUCUAGUAUGUGCUUUUAUUAUUCCUGAAUCCAAACUGACAAGGGUUUAAUAUGUUGUGUGAGACGAGGUAGGAAUAGAUCCGUCUAUGAAUUAAUUUUUCAAAGAUUUUAGAGAGCAGUGGUAAGUUAGAUAUUGGUCUAUAGUUAUUCAAGUCAGCUUGGACACCUCCUUUGUGGAUCAGAGUGACCCUCGCUAUUUUGAGGAUUGUUGGGAAGGUAGAUGAUUUAAUGGAUUUGUUAAAGAGCGUUGCGAUAAUUGGUGACAAUACUUGAGAAGCUUUCUUGUACAUAAAAGCAGGCAAGUUGUUUAUGUCUAGCAGGACACUUGACCAUAACACAAUUAUUAUUAUUAUUAUUAUUAUAAUCAAAAAGAAGCGCUAAGCCACAAGGACUAUACAGGACCAUAACACAAGAUCUCUUUUUGAUAUACCUCAUGUCCAUAUCAUACUGUGUAAAAACUCUAUGCACAUAAAGGGCCCCAAAAUUUGGAAUUAAUUACCAGAAGAUACUAAAGUAACCCGGUCUGAAAAUCAAUUUAAGACUUCUCAAAAGUCACUUAAACACCCUAGACUAAAUGCUAAAUACUCAGUACACACAUACUUAUUUAUAUAUUCCCACAUUAUAAUUUCAACAAUUACUUUGAGCCUUUUAUCCAUUGUUGACAGGAAUAUAACUGAAUCAUUGUUUUCACAAAAAGCAUUUUUUGAAUAUAUGAAUAUAUAUUUUGUCUUAUAUAAAUUAGAUUCACUUAUAAUUAAUAAUCUACUGUACAAUUAUGAUAUAAUUAAUAUUCUACUGUACAACUGAUACAAUUAAUAUUCUACUGUACAACUAUGACAUAAUUCUUAGUGUUAAGUAGUCUGUAAGCCAAUAAUGUUAAGUCAGCCCAUAAUGCCUAAGCAUAAUAGAAGCUCUCUUUGCAUUGCAACCCAAUAUUGUAAAUACAAAAUCUCACUGUACUAUUUGCAAAGACAUGAAUAAAUAAAUAAAUGGGUAUCCUUAAUUUAUAAUUAGCUAAUCAGAGUGGAUAGCCUACAUCGUACCAUACUUAACAAUAUAUUUCAUUGUUGUUCACAAGAUUUUAUUUGUUAGCCAAGUCCUUCCUCAUGCUGCAAUAAUAAAAGUGAUUUUUUUUAAUUUCAGCAAUAAUAAAUUAAUGACUGUGC